AUGCAAGUAGCGAGUUAUUAUCGUUUCAAUCCUCCUCAUCUACCGAAGAAGAAGCGUAAAGUUGUUCUUGUUCUCCGUGAUCGUGAAGGUGGUGGCGAGCGCUUCCAUCGGGAUUAUUUUGCUCCCGAUGCAGUUUGUGGGCCGCAAUUUUUCCGACGUCAUUUAUGUAUGAGUCGGGCGUUAUUUCUACGCAUUGUGAAUGCACUAGAAGUCGAUCUUUACUUCCAACAACAUCCCGAUGCUUGUGGCCGCAUUGGCUUCUCACCGAUCCAGAAAUGCACAGCCGCGAUUUGGCAAUUGGCAUACGGCACUGCUGCUGAUUGUUGUGAUGAAUAUCUCCAUAUAGGAGAAAUGAUAGCGUUGGCGUGCUUGAAGAAAUUUUGUAAAGCCGUUGUUCGUAUUUUUAGCGGCGUUUAUUUGAGGAGGCCAACAACUGUCGACGUUCAACGACUCACUGUAAUGAACGAAGCCAGACAUGGGUUCCCGGGAAUGUUGGGGAGACUAGACUUCAUGCACUGGGCAUGGAAGAAUUGUCCAGUGGCUUGGCACGGCACGUACACUUGA